AUGGAUAGAAAUCAUAAACUGUUGAGAAAAAUUAUUCUAAAAGCUGGGACCCUCCAAGCUAGUGCUGGAGAGCAGGUCCUCCAGACAGACAUCACUGACCAUGAUGGACUAAGGCUGCCAGCCCUGGUAGACUGCCCCAUUGACAGCCCCCUAAAGGCUGGGAACCUCCAAGCUUGUGCUCGAGAGCAAGUGCUCCAGACAGAUGACCAUUCCGCUGGCCAUGAUGGACUAAGCCUGCCAGCCCUGGUAGACUGCCUCCAGGAUAGCCCUCGAAAGGCAGAUGUCCAUUCCGCUGGCCAUGAUGGACUAAGCCUGCCUGCCCUGGUAGACUGCCUCCAGGAUAGCCCUCGAAAGGCAGAUGUCCAUUCCGCUGGCCAUGAUGGACUAAGCCUGCCUGCCCUGGUAGACUGCCUCCAGGAUAGCCCUCGAAAGGCAGAUGUCCAUUCCGCUGGCCAUGAUGGACUAAGCCUGCCAGCCCUGGUAGACUGCCCCCAGGAUAGCCCUCGAAAGAACCUUGUGCCGAAGCCCCCGCAAGGCCCCAGGCCCAGCCGAGAGGCAAAUAUAGCAAAGGCAGAAAAGAAGGCCACAGAGGUUAUCAAGGCUAGAAGGUCUAGGGAGGCUAAGUCAGGGGUGAAAAAACUAAGCCGCCAAGUAGUUGGUAUGUUGGCACUGCCUCAAACUCUAACUCAAACAACCAGUUACAGUGUCCUGCCAGCUAUCAAGAAGGGCACUAAAGUUACCCUCCAGUCCUCCAGCUCCCUCUCCCUCUCCGAUGACAACAAGGAGGCACUAGGGGCCGUCUGCCAGGUCCUGACCACCAGGGUGGGAGACAUCCUGAACAGUACCUGCAACAACGAUUACAAGGCCAGACUCAUCAUCCAGAAAGGAUUGGAUUCCGGUGCCAGGGAAAGGUUCCCUGACUCUCUGUGUUCCUCUUCACCCAAGGACGAAGAGGAGGUGGUUGUAAGUGUCAUGACUGUCUCAUACCCUAAGCCCUCCACCUCAACCCAGGCAGCAUGGGCAGCUCCUGCCCAGACUCUGGAAGAAGAGGUGGGGGGGGCUGAGGUCUCCGAGAUGAGCUCCCUGAUGCCCACCAAAAACAGGCAGGACCCCCUGGAGAAGAUUCCCUCCCUCCUACCAGGCAAGGAGCACAUCCUCCUUUGCAGCACUCCCUGGGCCACCGUCAUGAGCCCCCAGACUCUGAAGUUUAUUCUCCACGGCAUCAUGAGGGCCAAUGACCCCUUCAGGCUGAUGAAGGAUCUCUUUGUGGAGGUCCAGCAUGCCCUGAAGUAUGCUGACAUCUCUGUCGUCUUUGGCCUGGAGGAGAGCAUCCAAUUCAGUGGGGAGGAUGCGGUGAAGGCCAUCGUGAAGACUGCGGCUAAAAGAUUGUCCUUGCGUUCGGACUCCAACCGGGCUCAACUGCGUGCCGCACGCUCUGGUAGUGAGGGAGCCAUCAGGUGCAUGGCGGACACCAUCACACAAGUCAUAGAUGACUAUUCAGAGGACUGUAGUUCCGAUGGCCAUUUUGGAGCCAGGAGGAGCCGUGGUAGUGGGAGGUCACACUCCUCAAGGAGUGACGUCACCCUCACCGAGGAGCUCCUGGCUUGGAGGGAAACCCUAGAAGAGGACCGAGAGGAGAUGGCUGAUGACAGCACUGGUUUGGAAAAGACCAGUGUAAGCUCAGCCAUCUCUGAAAAGUCCCAGGUUAUUAGCUACCUUUCUGAAAGCACCAAGCCCAUCAGCAGCGCCCUCUCCACAGACCUCGAGGACAUCACCUCCACACAGAAGAAAGAGAAGGAAGAGGCUAUGAAGAAAGAAGUGAGGAAGUCAGGAAAGAAGAAGCGAGGAAAUAACAAGAACCAGAAGAAGAACAAGGUGUCUCCUCUUGGCAAUGAUAGUACUGUGGCUGCAGAUGAGCCUAAGAAAAAACAGGCUCUCCUCCCCGGAUCACAGCCGCCCUAG